AUGUCAAGCUUUUCUCAAAUUGAUCCGCUGCCCAAUAUUAAAGAUGUCGAAGUUAGAGAUACUAUAGGACAAGGUUCUUUUGCAAUAGUUAAAAAGGCAACGUUGAAAAAUGACGACUCUUUGGUAUUUGCUAUCAAAUUUGUUCAUUUGCAUACUUGCAAAAAAUUUGGAUUAGACGAUAAUGCCAUAGCAAAUGAAGUUUUAAUCCAUAAAAAGUGCUCAAAACACCCAAAUGUAAUUAGACUGUUAAAUUUUAGUGUCUCUACCAACUAUUUAUGGUUAGCUAUGGAAUUGGCAGCCGGUGGCGAUCUAUUUGACAAAAUCGAACCAGACGUUGGCAUUCCCGAUCAAGAAGUUGUUCAAUUUUAUUUUCAACAACUUUUAAAUGCUGUACAUUAUUUACACAAUGAAUGUGGCGUUGCACAUAGAGACAUUAAACCUGAAAAUAUUCUGUUGGAUAACCAUGGCAACAUGAAAUUGGCAGAUUUCGGAUUGGCUACUGUCUUUAAGAGACAAAAUGGCACCUACAGAAAUUCUAUAGAUGUUUGCGGGAGUCCCCCAUAUAUGGCUCCAGAUGUUUUAGCAGACGGCGGUUACAGAUCUGAUGUAGCCGACAUUUGGUCUUGCGGUAUACUCUUAUUUGUUCUAUUAACCGGGUCUACGCCUUGGGAGGAACCUAGUGCCAAUGAUCAAUGGUAUGUAGAUUUUGUGGAAAAUGAUGGCCGAAUCCUUGCUGGGUCGUGGGAACGUUUAGAUAUAGAUACAUUAAGUUUGAUUCGUGGCAUAUUAAAACCAAAAGUUUCUCAAAGAUAUAGUAUAAGCAAAAUCCAAUCCCAUAGGUGGUUGCAAAAAAAAAGGGUUUCAUUUGUUGAUGAAAAUUAUCAAUGCAAUAACGCAGAAGAAUUAUUUAAAAGGUUAACAUCAAAUUUAAAAGUUUCAUUAUCUGAUGACGAUUAUUUUAGAUUUAAUCACGAUUCUUUGUUAAUGACACAGAAAACUGGAGAUUUCGAUAGUGAAAAUCAUUACAUUUCUAAUAAGAUAACACCGUUAUUUUCUCAACAGGAUGAGGGGUUUGCAGUUUUAAAACAUGAUAACUUGUAUAAAAAAUACAUUCCAGCUGCUACUCAAAACGUGUGUCAUCCAGACCCUGUCAUUAAUGUUAGUAACUUUAAUGAUCAAAAAAAAUGGCAUAUGAUUAUGAGUCAAGAUCCUUCAUCCUCACAAUAUAAAGUUUCCACCGAAGAAAACUUCAAACCCUUUAGCAAUAAUAUCUACACUCGUUUUUAUAGCGUCGAAGACAUUGAAGAUAUAUUAAAAGUUUUAGAAAAUGCCAUCAAAACUUUAAAUGUUAGCAACUGUUCCUCUAUUGUGAAUGAAUAUGCAAAUUUAAUUAAAUUAUUAGGUUCUGCACCUAUAUAUCCUUUGUCUAUAUCUAUUCGAACCAUUGAUACUAGGAGACUACUUUUAGCAGGCUAUCUUAAGAUUCAACAACUAGAUGAAGAUUUAAAAACUGUCACAUUUAUACGGACAAAGGGAGAUCCACUAGAAUGGAGAAGAUUUUUUAAAAAAGUUACAUUAUUGUCUAGAGAAAUUGUACUACAAUGA